UACUACAGAGCAAAGAAGAAAAAUAUACUCCUACUAGCGGAGAGAGGAGAGAGAAAAAGAAAAGAAGAGAGAGAAAACUCGCCUCUCUCUGUGAGUUUAUUUUUGUACUCUGUGUCUGUUGAUUGAGCCUAGUGAUCGUCGAAAUCACCUUAGACUUUUGAUUUUUAGGCGGUUAUAUACUUUCUUAAUUCUUACUUACAUUUAUCAAUUUCUCUGAUUCUAUAUAUCUAACUUAGAUCUCUCACUUUAUUUGUAGAAAAUUUUGAUCAUUCAAUUAUUUAUUUUAGGAAUAGUCAAUCAACUAAUGAAUAUAGAGACUAAUUAGAGGAUUUCUUAAAUUUUGGGUGAUCACUUUUUUAUUUUUGGAAAGUAUUGAUUACUUAGAAACAAACCCUAACCUAGUUUUGAUGGCUGGACCGGCUCCAACUCCGGCUCAUCAUUCAUCAGCCGCUGCGCGUGGCGUUUCCUCGGCUUGGACGCAGAUUGUUCGCAGUAGCGACUCAGAAUCGACAGUUGUGGCGAUUUCCUCUUCUCCUCCUCUUCCUCCUCCACUUUCUCCUCCGGCGUAUUCUGAGCAAAUCGUUCAUUCCUCUGAUUGUUCGCCUUCUGAUGACGUGGCGACAGCCGGUAGUGCUGCUACAGAAGCUCAGCUUGAGAGCUCUGAUAACGGAAACAGCGAUGGCAGCAACAGCAAUGUGGCUAAAAAGCCCGCUUGGAACAAACCGUCAAAUGGUGCAGCUGAGGUUAGUCCAGUCAUGGGUGCUGUCUGUUGGCCUGCUCUCUCCGAUUCCACUAAGGCUUCACCAAAAUUGUCUUCUUCUGAGUCUCUCAAAGCUCUCUCCGACGGAUCAGUUUCUGUAACACAGGGGACGGGAAUGACAUCAUCUUCUCAUGGGCAAGCUAAUACGAACAAUGCGAACCCUAAUUCAACGCUGAACCAUGUUGCUCCUACCCGCCAAAGGUCUAUGAAGCGCGGUGGUGGUUAUUCAAACAAUAAUGCAUCAGCCAAUGGCGGCUUCUCUCAGCAACAGGGGCAGAGUUCUGAGGUGGAAAUAGUCCUUAAUAAAUCUGGGAAGUCCGGUAAUGCUGGUGCUGAUUCAUCUUCAAAGGAUAAUAGUCAUAGGGAUGGUGGACAAUGGGGAGGAUUUGGAUCUCAAUCACAUGGUGGAAAUGAGCACCAACAUCAACGAAAUUCAAACAGGAGAGGCAAUGUUGGUCCACACCCCCGUGGAGAUGGUACGUAUCAUCAAGGUUAUGGGGGUAGGCGUGAUCAGGAACGUGGAAAUCAGGAUUGGAAACUCCACAGAGGUUGGGGGAAUAGGGAUGCACACAUGCAGCCGCAGAGAGUUCCAGCGAGGCCAUUUAUGGGAGGCCCACCUCAUACGUCCCCACCUUUUAUACCUCCAACCAUGCCUGUGCAUCCCUAUCGAGCUCCCAUGGUUUACUCUGAGGUACCGCCUGUAUAUUUUUUUCCAGGUCCACUCCCUGAUACAUUCAGAAUGCCUAUGCUUUCUCCUGUGCCACCUGUCUUCUUUCAUAUGCCAGAUCCCCAGUUGCAAACCAAAAUAGUGAACCAGAUUGAUUAUUAUUUCAGUAAUGAAAAUUUAAUUAAGGAUACAUUCUUGCGGCGGAACAUGGAUGAACAUGGAUGGGUUUCUGUUGCGCUAAUAGCAGGCUUCAAGAAAGUAAUGUCGCUGACAGAUAAUAUACAACUGAUACUGGACUUUAUGAGGUCCUCUACUGUUGUAGAAGUGCAGGGCGAAAAGUUAAGGCGUAGAAAUGACUGGAAUCAUUGGAUCAUACCGCCAUCAGUUGAGAAUUCAAUCAUAAGUCCUCAAUCUCCACAGAAAUCUACUCCUGAUUUUCUUGCAGAAAAUCUCCAGCGUGUUGCAUUUGAUGAUGAGACUAUAAGACAUGGAAAUGCCGAAGCAUAUCUUAGUAAACCAUCAUCUGCCGAAUUAAGUACUUCAUCUAAGCAGUUUGGCAAUGAGAUGGCUGGAAAAGCUGGUGCUCAGCGUGGACAGCCAAUGCCAGUUGGAAAUCCAAGUUAAAAAGUUAACUGUUCCGUGGUGGCGUGAAGAGUGAAGCCCAGGGGUUGGCAGUAUUGUGCUUCUUCGAGCUAAUCAAUGAGUUUAGUCUUUACCGUUGCUGAUCGCAAUGACGUCUCAUGAAGGAAAUAGAUAGCAAUAAAAGAGAACAGUAUGGGAAAAGGAUUAUAAUGUGUCUUUUAAGCUUGCAGCUUUGAUUUUGUUUGGAUGUGUAUUUUCUUUUGUUGGGGAGAAGUAUUUUCUUCUCCUUUUAUGUUAUGUUUGUUCCUCUAUCAUGGUUAUUAUACAGGCUUGGGCAAUUUUGAUUCUACUUCCCCAUGCAGCCCCUCAGCUUUAUUUAUUUAACCAAAAUCUUUGGGGCCAGGUCACUUAUCUCUGAAGGAAAGCUUAUUGAAAGGCAUGAAGUUGUUGGCUACUGAUUUUUUCUCUUACUGAAAAGCCGGGAGAUUGGUCUUGUUGGAUGGUGUUGCAAUGCUGUGAAGACUCUUCUGCUGUCGCUGGGCACAUGAUUAUCUUGUUACUCUUUCUGCUUGUGUCAAACAUAGAACCAUUGACUCCCUUUUAUAUGUAUAUUUUUUUUUAGAAUGAGGCAUUAGUUGCCCUUCCAGAACUAAAUAAGUAUCUUUACGCUUGAUUGUUAUAUACUUGGUUUCUUUUCCUUACAAAAUAAGGGAACUAAUUGACUUGUUAGUUUAUUAAA